AUGGUCGGUGGUAAUGCCGUCUACAGUGGUACAACGUCCGUCACCAUAAACAACCACGCCUGUCAGAAGUGGUCAUCACAGUCUCCAAACAAACAUGGCUACAUCGACAGCUACUUCUCCGUCACCAACGGAGACGCCAGUCCUGGCUAUGCAGGUGCUUCCAACUACUGCCGUGAUCCUUCGGGAGGUAACUUGAAACCUGAGGGUUUUGCAUGGUGUUACGUUGCUAGUGGCAAGACCAGAUGGGAGAGAUGUGACAUUCCCAGAUGUCCUGCUACCACCACCAAUGCUGCAACAACCGCCCCUGUAAGGAGACCUGCUCCACCAAGAACGGCUGCUACAUCUGCAAAUGAUUGUUACACAAUGGUCGGUGGUAAUGCCGUCUACAGUGGUACAACGUCCGUCACCAUAAACAACCACGCCUGUCAGAAGUGGUCAUCACAGUCUCCAAACAAACAUGGCUACAUCGACAGCUACUUCUCCGUCACCAACGGAGACGCCAGUCCUGGCUAUGCAGGUGCUUCCAACUACUGCCGUGAUCCUUCGGGAGGUAACUUGAAACCUGAGGGUUUUGCAUGGUGUUACGUUGCUAGUGGCAAGACCAGAUGGGAGAGAUGUGACAUUCCCAGAUGUCCUGCUACCACCACCAAUGCUGCAACAACCGCCCCUGUCCCAGGUGCUAUUUCCAUAGCCAGCACCAUCAGUGUGGCGCUGAUCAUGGGCAAUAAACUGACCCCAGCCACACCGAGCCCCAUGCUGGCUGUUACAAGCACUGUGUCCACACCGUUGAUAGCAUUGACAGCUCUGUGUGGUCAUCACAGUCUCCCAAACAAACAUGGCUACAUCGACAGCUACUUCUCCGUCACCAACGGAGACGCCAGUCCUGGCUAUGCAGGUGCUUCCAACUACUGCCGUGAUCCUUCGGGAGGUGACUUGAAACCUGAGGGUUUUGCAUGGUGUUACGUUGCUAGUGGCAAGACCAGAUGGGAGAGAUGUGACAUUCCCAGAUGUCCUGCCACCACCACCAAUGCUGCAACAACGUCCCCCGCUCCACCAAGAACGGCUGCCGUAACCACCACUGUUGCUGCAACGGCUGCUGCAUCUGCAAAUGAGUGUUACACAAUGGUCGGUGGUAAUGCCGUCUACAGUGGUACAACGUCCGUCACCAUAAACAACCGCGCCUGUCAGAAAUGGUCAUCACAGUCUCCAAACAAACAUGGCUACAUCGACAGCUACUUUUCCAUCACCAACGGAGACGCCGGUCCUGGCUAUGCAGGUGCUUCCAACUACUGCCGUGAUCCUUCGGGAGGUAACUUGAAACCUGAGGGUUUUGCAUGGUGUUACGUUGCUAGUGGCAAGACCAGAUGGGAGAGAUGUGACAUUCCCAGAUGUCCUGCUACCACCACCAAUGCUGCAACAACUGCUGGCCCUGCGGCUGCUUGA